UCUCCUGUAAACAUCGCAUUCACCUCCGGCUACAGCGAGGGAGGCGACUGCUUGGUUUUUAGCGAAUAUAAAGUGCGCCCAGAGGAAGCGACUAGUUGAAGUCAUAACAUUGCUGAUAUGCAUAUGGCUAAAUGUGUAAAGGAAGGCUUCGUAGUACCCGGUUUGUGAACCAGAAAGUAACGCCUGUCCUAAUCUGGACGAGCAACACGCCGAGGUCCGAAGAAAAACGAAGCGUAAAUUCACCGGCGGCGGCGAUUCAUAAGUGAGUUUCUCGUCAACCAGUUAAGGCUGUUCUUCCUCUGUAGGUACUAGUGUUAAAAACCAGAAAUGGAUCAAGGUGGCUGCCAAAUGAGCGGCGGUGGUGGUGACAGCAGCGGGCCCGACCAACCCGGGGUGAUCACACUGGAGGACCUCGAGUCUUUCUCGGAAGACCAACUGACAGACUCGGGCAACGGCAGCAUCGAAGAAGAAGGAAAAGCCAUGGAGGAAGAUGAACACUCAGACCAACUGCUGCAAUAUUGGCAGAACGUAGCGAGGGGACACCAAGUGGAAGUUUCACAAGAAAUGGCACAGCCCAUUCAACAGCUAACCACCAACAACCAAGGACGUGGUAACAGAGAACACAUCCCUUUCACUCUCCUCACACGCAAAGAGAAGUGUGGGGAGCUGCUGUAUGAGAAACGUCACUACGAAAAGGGCCACUGGGCUUGUAUAACAAUGCGUGAGGACACUUAUGAACAGAGCAUCUGCUAUGGUUUUAUGAGGAUAAUGAGAUACAUCUGCCAGCAGAACACCUUGGGUGACUACCUCGGCAUGACGCUGCCCAUCAUCACAGUGGUGCGCACAAAUGAGAACCAUUCUGUGGUCUCCCAUGACGUCACUGUGGCCUAUUACCUUCCCAUUGAUUAUCAGGCCCAGCCCCCACAACCUCAAGACGAUGAGAUCACCAUAGAGAUGUGGCCCGCCACUACUGUAUACACAAGGCCAUUUACUGGUCCCACCAAUGAAGUGACCAUCAUUAAUCAGAUUAAUGCCAUGGCUGAGCAGAUGGACUCUCCUGGUGCGUAUGUCAAUGACUCGUUCAUUGUGGCCGGUUACACCAACCCUGCUCACAUCAACCGUCAGAAUGAGAUCUGGUUCCUAGAGCGACGCUGAGGCACGAGAAGAUACAGCAUAUUAAGCAAAUCAUCUGUGACCCUUGAGUCGCAUAAGACUCCCUUAACACUGCUGCAGCUCAGCUACAGCCUCAAUCUUUAGUCAACACACCUCUACCUGAGAAAUGAAAAAAACCUCAGCCUUUACUCUACCCUUCAAUCAUGUUCAUUGAGAUAGAUCCUCAUUUUCACCCAUAAAAACUGAAUCAAACCACUGCCAUACUCUCAUGGACACAACCUGUAUGUUAAGGUGAAGCAUAGCAUUUAACUCCUGCUCUUACACUGAAGUGAAAAAAAAAAAUCUUCACUCAGCACUGUGCCCUCUAGUUAAAAGUUUAAAUAAUUUUAACUCUUAGUGCUCUAUAAACACAGUGAACAUUGUUUGCUGUCGGAAACAUGCAACAGCCUGUCUUAUCACAGCAGAAGAGGGUUUUUAGUGGACAUGCAUAGCAUGCUCCAUUUCUGUCACGUCUUUUCAUGUGGUAUAAAAAGGUCAAUACACACCAUACACACAAACAAUAGAUUGUCAUUCUCUAGUUUUCCGAGGU